AUGAGGGACUUCGUGACAGAACCAAAGCUGAACUUGUUCUUGAAGUCGAGCUGGGAGCUGCCUGACCUGCGAGAAGGAAGAGUAAAAGCCAUCAGUGAUUCAGAUGGUGUGAGCUACCCCUGGUACGGAAACACCACAGAAACUGUGACUCUGGUUGGGCCCACUAACAAGAUCUCCAGGUUCUCGGUGAGCAUGAAUGACAAUUUCUACCCCAGUGUGACUUGGGCUGUCCCCGUGAGCAACAGUAAUGUGCCGCUGCUGACUAGGAUUAAAAGGGACCAGAGCUUUACCACGUGGCUAGUGGCCAUGAACACCACCACCAAGGAAAAGAUCAUCUUGCAGACUAUAAAGUGGAGGAUGCGAGUGGACAUUGAGGUUGAUCCCAUGCAGCUGCUGGGGCAGCGGGCACGGCUGGUGGGAAGGACUCAGCAGGAGCAGCCCCGGAUCCUCAGCAGGAUGGAGCCCAUCCCACCAAACGCACUAGUGAAACCCAAUGCCAACGAUGCCCAAGUCCUCAUGUGGAGACCCAAGCGAGGACAGCCGAUAGUCGUGAUACCUCCCAAGUAG